AUGGCAGACAGACGGGCUACAAACAAGUACUAUCCUCCUGACUGGGACCCCAGCAAGGGAUCCAUCAAUACUUUUGUAGGCCAGCAUCCACUCAGAGAUAGAGCUAGAAAGCUUGAUCAAGGAAUCCUUAUUAUUCGAUUUGAACUGCCAUUUAAUAUCUGGUGUCUGCAUUGCAACAAUCAUGUUGGAAUGGGUGUACGAUACAAUGCAGAAAAGAAAAAGGUUGGCAUGUACUACUCCACACCCAUUUUUUCGUUUCGAAUGAAAUGCCAUUUAUGCAGCGGACGGAUCGAAAUUCACACAGAUCCUGAAAACACAGAAUACAAGAUCAUCAGUGGUGCACGGCGAAGAGAAGAAUCAUAUGAUCCUGAAGAUAUUGGACUAAUUACAUUGCAAGAUAAAGAAACAACUGAGAAGAUUGUCAAUGAUUCAUUCUACAAAUUGGAACAUGGAGUAAUUGAUAAAGAUAAGGCAGUGGCGGUUGCGCCGCGUAUAGUAUCGCUUCAAGAUUUGAGUGAUCAACACUGGAAGGAUCCAUACACUGCUUCUCAGAAAGUGCGCAAACGAUUCCGAGUAAGUCUUGCCAUUGAUUUUCUGGAUAUUUUAGAUACCUGGCAAUGCAUUUAA